AUGUCGUCCGUCACCUCCUCCGUGUCCACCAACUCCAACCCGUUUGCCGACGCCAACCCUCCCGAUGUCAACGACAUCCGCAGGCUCAACAUCUUCGAGCGGGUGCCGGUUCGUCUCUCCCAGGCGGACUCCUCCUAUCACACGUGGAAGACGUACUUCUCCCUCGUGUUCCGAGAGUACCAUCUCAUGGACCACGUGGAUGGCACCGUCGACUCCAGCCUCGUCCCUGAGUUUCACGACUGGUCCACCAUCGACACCACGAUCAUCCGCUGGUUUUUCCUCACCAUCACGCCCGACCUCUUCCAGACGGUCGUGACGGACGGUGAUGAUGCCUGCGCCGUGUGGACCAAGCUGAACGGGCUCUUCACCGACAACAAGCUCCAGCGUCGCGUUUUUCUGCAGCAAGAGUUCUUUGGGUGUCAUCAGGACAACACCUCCAUCGACGACUAUUGUCGCCGCCUUAAGACUCUCGCCGAUGAGCUUCGCGAUAUUGGCGCCAAGGUCGAUGAUGACCUCCUCCUCAGCACGCUCACCGCCGGGCUCAACGAGGAUUUCGGCAAUGCCGCCGGGAACCUCAGCCUCAUCCCCAACCCGUCCUUCGCCAAGUUCGUUGCGUACCUCCGCUUGGAGGAGCGGCGGAUGAAGCAGGUGAAGACGCGCGCCAUCCACACCGCCCUCGUCGCCGGCGCCUCCCGCUGCCCCAGCAGCGUCAUCAGGCGCCUUUCCCGGCGCCCCAGCAGCCGGGGCUCCUGCCACUGCCGUACGGCCCACCCGCGCCCCUGCUCCUCCCGCUGA